AUGUUUGAAAAUAAUAAAUCUAAUCUAAAAAAUACUGAUCAGAAUAAAAAUAAAUUUUUAAAUCUUAAAAAAAUAACCAAUGACAAUAAAAAUAUCUUUGAAGACCAAUCUGGGUUCAAUGAAAUUGGUUUAAAUAAUCAAAUUUCAAAUAAUACUGCUCACAAUUUUAAUGUUUCUUAUAGCAGUAAAAGUUCCUCAAAUAGUUUAGAUUAUAUUAAUUUAUAUAGUGGUUAUACUAAAAUUAUUAAUAUGAAUUUAAAUAAAAAUAAUUGUAAUAAUGAUAAUAAUAAUAAUAAUAAUAUAAAUAAUAAUAACAAUAACAAUAAUAAUAAUAAUAAUAAUAAUAAUAAUAAUAAUAAUAAUAAUAAUAAUAAUAAUAAUAAUAAUAAUAAUAAUAAUAAUUAUGAUAAUAAUAAUAAUAAUAAUAAUUAUGAUAAUAAUAAUAAUACCAAUAAUAAUAAUAACAAUAAUAACAACAAUAAUAAUAAUAAUAAUAAUAAUAAUAAUAAUAAUAAUAAUAAUAAUAACAAUAACAAUAAUAGUAAUAAUAAUAAUGAUGAUGGUUUAAAUGUAAAUAACCCAAUAAACAAAAUUUUUUUAGAUAAAGUCAAAGAUAUAAAUCCUACAGAAAAUAAUAUAAAUAGUUUUGAAAAAUACCAUAAUAGCAAUAAUGGUAUCGAUAGUUUUAUUAAUAGACUGGGCAAUGGUGUUGUUUAUAAUAGUGGCGAUACUAGUAAUGGUUGUAAAAUCGGUAUUAGUGAUAGCAUUAAUAAUGACAGUAAUAGUUAUUAUUUUAAUAAUAAAAAUAAAAAAAAUAAAAUAAAAGAAUAUAGUUUUGAUGAAUAUCAGGUACCAUAUGAUGAUUCAAACAGAAAAAAAAAGAAAAUAUAUACAGAGUUUCAAAUAUCUAAAUUAAAAGAGUACUAUGAAAGCUCUCUUAAUGGUAGAUGCUUAAAUGAAGAAGUUACUAAAAUAGCAAAAGAACUAGAUAUAACUGAUCAACAGGUUCGUGUAUUUUUUAGAAAUAGACGAGCAAGAACAAAAGAGUCAAAUGAAACUUGUUCACCAAGACCAAAUACAACAAUAAAUAAUGAUAAUAAUGGCAAAAACUCUCUUAAAAAAAGUCUCGAUGAUAAUAGUACAACCAAUCAUGAUAGAAUUAAUAACAAUAAUAAUAGUAAUACUAAUAGUAUUUUAAAUAAUAGUAUAAAUAAUAUAGAUAGUUUGAAUAAAAAUAUAAAUAUAAAUAAUAUACAUUAUAUAAAUAAUAUAAAUAAUAUAAAUAAUAUAAAUAAUAUAAAUAAUAUAAAUAAUAUAAAUAAUAUAGAUAAUAUAGAUAAUAUAAAUAAAAAUAUUAGUAGUUUUAAUAAUAGUUUUAAUAAAAUCAAUAACAAUAUUAAUAAUGGUAAUUUUAAUACUACAAAUAUUAAUAAAAUCAAUAUUAGUCCUUGUGAGGUUAGUCAAAAUGAAUCACCUAGACUAUCCAUAAAAUUGCCAUCACCAUUAGGAGGAUUUGGCCAGAAUCAAGAGUUACAAAAAAUAAUUCAUCCAUAUCCCCAAAAUAACUUUCAAUUACCUGUUCUAACCCAAAGCUUUAAUUCCCCUCAACAAAAAGCAUCAUUAAUAUCUACCCAGUUUAAUCAAAAUAUUCAACAAAAUAAUGAUAAAAAUAUUAAUGAAAAAGAAAGAAAUUUACAGCAAUUAAAAGAAUUAGAAAAGCAAAGAAUUCACCAAGAAAGAAAACAUCAAAAGUUAAUAAGAAAACAACAGAAGCUUUUAGAAAAAAUUCAAUCCGAGGAACAAGAAAAUAUAAAGCAAAGCCAUGAUGAAUCAAACAUUGGUUACAUUCAACAAACCCAGCAAAAUAAAACAACAGAUAGGCAAUUGCUUGAGUAUCAAAGGUUUUUACAUCACCAGCGAUAUUUUCAACAGCAACAGCAACAGCAACAGCAACAGCAACAGCAACAGCAACAGCAACAUCAACAACAACAACAACAACAACUUCAUCAAGAAACCAAUAGAUAUAGGCUUUAUCCCCAAGAAAUAAAGCAACCCUCACCAUCUCCGAAAUAUAUCCAAGUUGAACAUGACUCAUAUAAUAAUCAUGUUUUUUUUCAACAAAAUUCAAAUGUAGAUCAAAAAUAUAUGUACCACCAAUUCAUUCAAAAUCAAAAUCAAAAUCAAAAUCAAAAUCAAAAUCAAAAUCAAAAUCAAAAUCAAAAUCAAAAUCAAAAUCAAAAUCAAAAUCAAAAUCAAAAUCAAAAUCAAUCAAUAUAUAAACAACAAAAUAAUAUUUCUCCAAACCCAUUAUUAUCACCUAAUGAGAGAUCAAUAUAUUUUAAACAACAAAACUCUCAUCAGGGUUUUACUUAUCCAUUAUCUUCACCCAAACAAAUACAACCAAAUAUACCAACACUUCCACCAAUCUCUAACCAAUACGACCAACAAAGACAACAUAUUCAACAAAUCUCAAAAGUGCAAACCAAUAGUAAAGUUGAUAGCUUUAUCUUAAUCCCAAUGAACAAUUCCAAAUAUUGCAAACCUGAAGUAAUCGUUAGCAAUUUAAAGAAAGAAGAAAAUGGGUUAAUUAAUUUUUUUUCAGUACCAACAAACUAUAAAGAAUGCAAGGAUCCAGAACAUGAGUCUUUGUGUGGAGAGGGAAAUAUUUUGCCAAUAGGUGAUUUUUAUACAAAUUCAAAAAAAUGUAAAAAGUGUUACACAAGAGCAUACAGAAGAAAAAGUAAAAGCAAAAACAAUGACCAACAAAGUGGGGAAGAAUAA